AUGGGUGAUGAUUUAUCUAGCGAUGGCCGAGAGCAAGAAAGUUCUUUCUGCAGACAGGAAUCAAGGGAGGAUGGCAUUGAAGUUUUUUCGACGCCCGGAUCCUCGUUAGGUUUCAGUUCUGUUUUGGAUUCUGUCUCUGUCGACGAUCCAUCUGCUGCAUCCGAUUUCUUUAGCAGCGUGAAUCUAGAAAAAUGUGGCGAACAUGGCUACCAUUCCACAAAUUACUGUUUAACUCACUCAACCGUUUGCUGCGCAGAGUGCACAAGGUUGCAACACAAGCAUUGCGACAUGAAAGAUAUUCAUGAGGCAGCCAUGGAAACCCCAAGCGAGUCGGACCUACACAGACUUCAGCAGAGUUUUUCGUCUUUGAUGGAUAUACAGAUGGCUCUGAUAUAUGAAAUGGAGAGAAAUAGCAUUGAGAUCGGCGAGUGGAAAGAAAAAAUUAUGGCAACAUUUAAAGAACUUAAAAACGAUGUCAACCGCAGAUUGACAGAACUCGAAGACAAGAUAAAAACAAACCUGCAAGAGGUGGAAAAUGAAAGGGGUUCUUUACAAAAUAAUAUCGAUGAUUUUAAAACGAAGCGAGAAAUUUUGCGGAACGCGUCUAACAAGCUAGAAGGAUACCCUGCAAAAACUGCUGAGAAACUUCAAAAUUACUGCCUUGUGAAAGCAAAGGUUCAGGAACAGAAAGAUUUCCUUCAUACACAACGACACCAUAUGUCAAAAGUCAGUGUGAAUAUAACGAAGAAGAAGGGAUUCGAUGAUUUUCUCCAACAAAUACCCGGUUUACUCGAGUUAAGCUGCGAGAGGGUAAAAUUAGAAACCAUGAAGAAAUUGAAAUGUCAAGAGAAGCUCAUGGUCAAGCGCUGGACUCAUACCAAGCUGCCGCACAUCACCGGUAUGUGUUACCUAGGAAACGUUUUGAUCAUAUGUGACAACGUCAAACAACGCUUUUUCACAUAUGACAGCCAGAGGGUUUGGAAUUGCUACAAAAUAGGACGCUCACCAUGGGACGUGGCGGUGAUAGAGAACCAAGAGAUUGCAGUGUCCACUCCAGAAGGUAUUCAGAUUGUAAACCUGCAAUACUACCCGCACAAAGAGCUAGGGUUUCCACGGUUUUUACCGACAGAUUUUCCCUGUUUUGGGGUGGACUAUUUCGCAGGAGACAUUUACAUUGCCAGCAACACGCACAUCCGCAUUCUUAGCGUCGGAGACAACCGCCUUCAGAGUUUCAAAUGUCCCGGUUUAUCUGUCCAGUACAUAUGUGUCUGCAGUCCCGAUCGUCUCUACCUAACAGACACGAAUUCUAACCGUCUGUUCUGCAUGAAUUCAAAAGGGGAAACGCUGAAGGUAUUUCCCUCGGAGAUGCUUGAGUCACCGAUGGGUGUGGCGAUAGGACCUGGCACUAAUAUCGUAGUUGUUAAUGCCUCUUCCAAGACUGUUCUACGAUUCACAAAGGAUGGUCAUCUUGUGGAGAUCAGAGAAACCAAAGACAAUCACAAUAAUGGUUUUGGACCAGAAGUAGUUUGUUGCUAUGGCGACGCAUGUGCUAUUGCUGCGGGACAGCAUAUAUACAGUUGUCACUUAAUUUGA